AUGAUUAUGUCCGAUCUUCCGCAUGAUUUACUAGAGGACAUACUCUCAAGAGUUCCAGCCAGAUCUCUGAAACGAUUACGAUAUACUUGCAAACUAUGGAACGCUCUAUUCAAAGACCAAGGAUUCACCAACAAGCACUUUCGUAAAGCACCAAAGCAGUCCAUGGUUCUCAUGGUGAAGGAACAUAGAGUUGUUUCAACGAGCGUCAAUCUCAACGUCGGUGAUCCAUUAGAGUUUAAAGGUGCACUUGUCCUAAAGGAUUCACAUUCUAAUCCACAACAAGUCGAUAUAUCUUAUAUCUCUUCUAACUGCGACGGUUUGUUGCUAUGCGCCACCAAAGACCACGAUAGACAUGUGCUUUGGAAUCCGUGUUUGGGAGAAACUAAAUGGAUCCAGUCCAAAACUGGUUACGACGGGCACAUUAAGCUUGCUCUAGGUUACGUAAGCAACAAGUCUUGCCGCAGCUACAAAAUUUUGAGGUGGUACGAUGACGACAAAGUUGGUGGGCUUGAAAUAUAUGAGUUUGGCUCUGAUUCUUGGAGGGUUCUUGAUCACGUCGCUUUAGACUACUCCGCACAAUCUCAUAACGUGUCUUUGAAGGGAAAUGCUUACUGGAUUGCUAAUAAGCAACCGACAAACUUGUUAGAGGAGAACAACUCUCAGUCUUACAUCGGAGCAGGAGUGCAAGAAAGAUCGAGAUAUGGGUGA